CUUGUACACGUCAUCUAAAUUGAGAUGCAACGUGGCACGUCACUCAAAGAAGCUCUCACUUUUUGACACCUUCUUUAUCUUAUUUGUUUCUGUCGAUCUCUACGGUAAUUUUCUCGGUCGCCAAUAACCAAAACCUUUCCCGGAAAUUUUCGAAUACUCUGAAAGGAAAAUAGGAAAAUGGCAAGUGGGUUUCCGCCGCAGAAGCAAGAGACACAACCAGGGAUACAACAUGUCAUGGAACCAACUCCCGAGUUCUCUAGUUCUAACUAUAAACCUUCCAACAAACUUCAUGGAAAAGUGGCACUCGUGACAGGAGGAGACUCAGGGAUAGGUAAAGCAGUGUGUCACUGCUAUGCACUUGAAGGAGCGAGCGUGGCUUUCACGUACGUUAAAGGUAGAGAGGACAAAGACGCAGAAGAAACGCUGCGUUUGCUUCACGAGGUUAAGACAAGGGAAGCUAAAGAGCCGAUCAUGAUCGCUACUGAUUUAGGGUUUGAAGAGAAUUGCAAGAGGGUCGUUGAGGAAGUUGUGAACUCCUUUGGACGCAUCGAUGUGCUUGUGAAUUGUGCAGCUGAGCAGCAUGAGGUUUCCAUUGAGGAUAUCGAUGAGGCUAGGCUUGAGAGAGUGUUCCGUACCAACAUCUUCUCGCAGUUUUUCUUGGUUAAAUAUGCGUUAAAGCACAUGAAGGAAGGGAGCAGCAUCAUCAAUACGACGUCGGUUGUUGCAUACGCAGGAAACUCAAGCUUACUAGAGUACACAGCUACGAAAGGAGCCAUCGUUUCUUUCACACGUGGGUUAGCUCUUCAGCUUGCACCAAAGGGCAUUCGUGUGAACGGUGUCGCUCCUGGUCCGGUCUGGACUCCACUGAUACCCGCAUCGUUCUCUGAAGAAGCGAUCAAACAGUUUGGGUCAGAGACACCGAUGAAAAGAGCGGCUCAGCCUGUGGAAGUGGCUCCUUCCUACGUUUUCUUGGCUUGUAACCAUUGCUCAUCUUACUACACCGGCCAAAUCCUCCAUCCAAACGGUGGUCUUAUCGUGAACGCUUGAGCUUGCAAUAAGUGCUUAUGUACAUGACUCUGUUUAGGAAGUUCUUACAAAGAGAGUAUAUCCAGUAGUAUAGUCGUGUGAUGUAAUAAGGUGAUAUGUUGUUUUGUCGUUUUUUUAAAAGAAGAAUAAUAUGAAGAAAACAAAAGAGAACAGAAUAAAAUGGUAUGGUUGGUUUCGUUAGC